GUGCACGCGGUCCUGGAGUGAACUAGUUGUUCCAGUGGGAUGCUCGCCUGAGCAGCAUCGGUGGGUUCAGAUCUUCAGAUGUCCCCCCCACCACCACCUCCAGGGACGCCAGGAGGCGCUCAACAGGAAGUUGUCAGUCAAGCUAGCGUGGAGGGCUGAAUUCGCCUCGUGUCUUCCAAAAUGGUGAAACUAAAGUUAAAGUUAUAAAAAAUGAAAGUUUGCCAUAUCCCAUAGCACCUGGUUGAUGAGGGAACGAGGUUUGUAAUAAUUUGUGUUUUGGCAGCUUUUUAGUUCUGUUUUUUCUCAUAAUUUUACGUUGUUAGCACAUUAUAAUUUUGCCCAGUAGGUUGCACUGUGAUGCCAAGCUAAUGCUGAGUCAUAGUUUGAAAUGUACGGUAAUAGUAUGAUUUAUAUCUUGUUUACACAGAAAGGAACAUAUUUUUAUUGUGAAAUAAAUUUGUUAAAAUAUAGUGAUUUAGUUUAAUCAAAAUUGUCAAAGUUAUAAAUUAAUGGUGUAAAGUUUUAAGGUUUAGAAUAAAACAAAAGUGUUGAAUUGGUUAAUACAACAACUGUAAGAGAUGCAAAAAUGUAUUUUUUAUUUUUAUUUUUUGUAGCUCUUACGGUGUGUUCACAUACAUGGCCUAAUGAAGGGUUGCCAACUUUUCAACAGAGGAUGGAUGCUACAAGAGUACUUGUGCGGAGUGAUCUGCAGGACAGUGCAGCAGUCAGUCUGCUUCUUCACCGUGAAUGACCCGCUCCAAGUUACCAAAACAAGCCUCUUUUUACGUCACGUCGACGCUGGCAGUGACGAAGCGGGUCCACUACACUCCUCCCACCUCACCUUUCCUCCCCACUCCUCGUCAGGGAGGACCGCGGGGAUGAGAUGCACUGACAGCCGGGAGGCAGGACAACUUUAUCCCGCGUGUUAAAGUGCUCCCACUCCCGCGUACGUUUCGAGGUUUCAUUUUUUUUCUAUAAAAGCUUCAACUCCUCAACCCCCCAGCUCUGCCGUGGAUUUCCCACAUGUCGCGAAAGCAGGUCGACCAUGACUACACCCUCCGGAGUAUGAGCAACCUGAUGGGCGAGCGCUGGAAGAAAGUCAACGAUGGAGGCGAGCGGAGCCUCAUCAAAGCUCCGUCCAGCGCCAGCAUCAGCAGCCAGGGCGCCGCCUCCUCCUCCUCCGGAGCGGCCGGUGCCCCGGCGGGAGCGCCGGCGGCGGCCCCGUCCUCCUCCAACAACGGGGACCUGGAGCGGGCUGCGCGCAAGCAGUUCCAGCAGGACGUCACGCCCGGGUUCGUGUACGUCCUGGCCGCCUUCUCCGCCUUGGGGGGCUUCCUGUACGGCUACGACACCGGGGUGAUCUCCGGGGCCAUGCUGAUGCUGAAGAGGGAGCUGCAGCUCAGCGCCCUGUGGCAGGAGGUGCUCAUCUCCAGCACGGUGGCCGCGGCCGCCCUGUCCGCCCUGCUGGGCGGCUUCCUCAACGGGCUGUUCGGGCGCAGGGUGUGCAUCCUGCUGGCCAGCUUCUUCUUCACCUUAGGAGGGAUUGUCCUCAGCACGGCGCCCGGGAAAGAGGCGCUGCUGGCCGGGAGGAUCAUCGUGGGAGUGGGGCUUGGUAUUGUCUCCAUGACCGUCCCAGUGUACAUCGCCGAGGCCUCUCCGCCCCACCUCCGAGGUCAGCUAGUGACUGUGAACACGCUCUUCAUCACCGGGGGACAGUUCACCGCCAGCCUCAUCGACGGCGCCUUCAGCUAUCUCCAGCAUGAUGGAUGGAGGUACAUGUUGGGCCUGUCUGUGAUUCCCGCUGUGCUCCAGUUCCUGGGAUUCCUCUUCCUGCCAGAGAGCCCUCGCUGGUUAAUCCAGUGUGGGCUGACCCAGAAGGCCCGCCGCGUGCUCAGCCAGAUCCGAGGAAACCAGAACAUCGACGAGGAGUACGACAGCAUCAAAAACAGCAUUGAGGAAGAGGAGAAGGACAGCAGUGGAGAUGGUCCUGUGGUGUGGCGAAUGCUGACUUACCCCCCGACACGGCGAGCUCUCCUGGUGGGCUGCGGUCUUCAGAUGUUUCAGCAGCUUUCGGGGAUCAACACAGUUAUGUAUUACAGCGCCACCAUCCUGCAGAUGUCAGGCGUCCGAGACGACAGGCUAGCAAUCUGGCUAGCAGGACUCGCUACCCUCACCAACUUCCUGUUUACCCUCCUGGGGGUGUGGCUAGUGGAGAGGGUGGGUCGGAGGAAACUCACGUUGGGCAGCAUUCUUGGAACUAGCUUGAGCUUGAGUCUGCUAGCUGUUGGUUUCCUCAUGUCCGCACAGCACAGUCCCCCCGUCACCUUCCGCCCCUUAGACCCCGCCACGUCCAACUCCACCUGCUCCAAGCUCAGGCUGUGUGAACCUUGCAUGCUGGAUCCCGGCUGCGGUUUCUGUUACCGCGAAAACAGCUCGGCGCUCCUCGCCUCCUCCUGUGUGCCGGUCAAUAAGGCGUCCACGGAGCACGCGGCGUGGGGCAGGUGCUCCAAUUCAACGUUGAUGAAAGAUCAGACCUACUGGGCCUACAACUACUGCCCCACCUCCUACUUCUGGCUGGUUUUGGUAGGACUGGUGAUGUAUUUGGCUGCCUUUGCUCCAGGUAUGGGCCCAAUGCCGUGGACCAUCAACUCUGAGAUCUACCCUCUCUGGGCGAGGAGCACGGGGAACGCCUGCGCCGCCGGAGUCAACUGGACCUUCAACAUCCUGGUGUCUCUGACCUUCCUCCACCUGGCUCAGUACCUCACCUACUAUGGAGCUUUCUUCCUGUACUCCAGCUUGGCUUUGCUGGGCUUCAUCUUCAUCUACGGCUGCCUGCCCGAAACCAAAGCUCGCCGCCUGGAGGAGAUCGAGGCUCUGUUCGAGAACCAGCUCUGCUCCUGCGGCGCCUCCGAUUCCGACGAGGGACGGCAGGUGGAGUACAUCCGCGUCAAGGGCUCAAACUACCAUCUAUCGGACAACGACGCCUCAGACGUGGAUUAGGGAAGGAAGCCUGUGAUUGAUCCCUCUCAAUCUGUGUUUCAUGCAUUUUUUUUGGGGGGAGUCUGUGGAACAUGCGGAGUGCGUGUAGCAUUCAUGCCAUUUCGGGACUCUGGUUUCCCUCACCGCCAGGCGAAGACAACAACCCUUUCAUCACGUUACAAAUGUUUGGUGUUUCACUGUCUGUGUGGAGGGUGACCUACACCUUUUCAGGUGAUAGACUUCACCUGAAGUAGACACUACACAGUAGAGGUGAGGCAUGAAAUAGUAUGUGGGAAAACUCCACCUCAUUCCAAAAGCUCAGCUGAUGUUAGGAACUUUUGUUGUACUAUUGUUAGUUUAAACACUUUAAAGACCCACUCCAAUGAAAAUCGUCUUUUUUGUGUGUGUUUUUAACCAGUUCUUACAACACAUUCUCAUUCCCAACUCGUCACACAUAGAUGUUUGGUUAAGGAUCCCACCACGUCACUUUUUGAUGUUUUGAGUGUCUCCAACUUGUCGUUUUUUGAUGUGCUGGAUGUUCGUAAAAUCAAGAGUCUGCAACCCUCAGGACGUGGAGGCAGUACUGGUUGCAAACUGAUCCUUGGUACUGGUAUCCCAACCAGUACCACAGUCAGGUAGCACAUCUGGUCCGGUGUCAGGUUAAGGUAAGGAUACUGGUACCGGGUUUUGCUACUGGUGCCCUACGGGUUGUUGUACUGGACAGUUUCGGUUUGCGGCCCGGGUGUCGGGGACCCUUGAUUUAAUGGGAACAGCCAGCAUGUCGUAAAAUCAAGAAUCAGCAACCCUUGGGACUCAGUACUGAACUUGGUACUGGACGCGGUACUAGACGCGGUACUGGAGGCAGUCCAGAAUGUGGAUACUCAAUCCAGUACCGGACGCAGUACAGGAUGUACACUGGUCCUCGGUACCGGUAUCCUAAGCCAGUACCGGUACCCAAACCUUAACCUGGUACUGGUUCGCAUCCGGUACCGCGUCCAGUUCGCACCCGGUAGCGCAUCUGGUCCGGUGUCGGGUUAGGAUUAGGGUACUGGACCGGUUCUGGUUCGCAGCCCGGAGGUUGGGGACCUGUGAUUUAAUGGGAACAGCCAGCACGUCAAAAAACGACAAGUUGGGGACCCCUCAAAACAUCAAAAAGUGACGCGGAGGAGUCAUUAACCAAACGCCAAUAUGUGACAAUAAGGGAGUGAGAAUGUUUUGCUUCUUGUAGCAUGUUUUCUCUUAGUAGAGAACCUAUAGAAAAGAAUUUAUGAUUAAAACUGAAUUUCUGAGUAUUUCUUAACUCAAAUUGCAUUGGAUCAGAAAACCGGAUGCUCGAAAAAGCUCAGACUAAUGGCUCAGCUACUGAAAUGGGUGUACCAAAGUCUAGGUGUGUAAGAAAUUAUGAGCUUUCAACGCUCGUGUGCUCGUCUGAGCUGGUCUCUGGUUUAAAACUGUAUGGCUGGAUUGAUCCAAGAUUGCUCGUCAUUAUUUUUGCGCCGCUAAUGCUAGCUUGAAGCUAUGCACUUGCACGUGAGCGCGCAAACAGAGCUCUCAGCGACAGGGAGCUAACAGUCCCGCCCACAACCCAAAAUUAUAUUUCUGGAUAUUAAAUUUGUCUAAAAUUUGUCUAAAACUGCAUAGUCAUAAUUAUUAUUAUUAUUAUUUUUUUUUUUAAAUGGUUGGAGUGGGACUUUAAAAUCCCAAGCCAUCACUGUCGGCAUAAACUGUAAAAAAUGAAAUAUUGGCUCAAUUAACAAAAGUUCUGUAAUUUGUUUAAUUUAACAUAAUUAGUUUUCAUCAAAUUAAAAUUUUGAUGGUUUACUCAACUUAACUUUUUGGAUGAAGAGUGUUUUUAAUUGAUCCAAUGUGUCACUUUUUACAGUGUAUUUGCUCCAAAUCAAACAGAAGGUGAGAUCUUUUUAGAGAUAAACCUAAAAGUUGAUACACAAGAACAGCGACAGAAACGGAUAUAGGUCUUGGACAGAGGUGUUCAUCGAAGAAAACGAAUGAAAAUGAUAUUAUUUUGGAGGGGCGCCUCAAAAUACACUGUAAAAAGUGAAACGUUGGAUCAAUUAACAAGAGCCCUGUAAUCAUUAGUUUUUAUCAAAUUAAAAAUCUAAGUUAAGUAAACUCAAAAUUUUAAUUUGGUAAAAGCUAAUCAUUUUAAAUGUAGCAAGUUAUUUUUGUUAAUUGUUCUAAUUUUUCACUUUUUUCAGUGUAGCAGGUAACAAUUGAGCAUCUGAAAACUAAAAACUGAGUCAAAAUUACUUUUAUUUAUGUUAUUAACCUUUUAAAGCUGUGCUCACAUAAAGAAAUGAAUGAAAGGGAGGGGUCACUCAAUCCCGUUUUCAUAUACACUCAAUGAAAUGAGGUGAAAAAAGCUCAGAAAGUUUGUUUUUUGGCCCAUGAAUAGCUUUUCACCGUGUGUCUUCACCCCAACUUGCAUCUGUACUGUGGAUGUGUAAAUAUGCAACCCUGCUGCGAAAGCUUUCUAGACCUGUUGCUGCUAGUUCUUUCACUGCUGCUCAGUCUUCAAACUUCUCGUUUUUAUCUGAUUUUGUGUCAACAUUUUGCUUCACCAGUAGCCUCUUUUACGUCUUGUACUUCUACCACUAUGGUUAUAAAUAAGUGUCAAGCAUCGUCGUUUUUGUACGGUCACCUCUCCUAUGUGCCUAUAUCGACGACACCAGUACACCUCGUCUUUGUAUCCUAGUUCACACCUUUUUCAGUCAGAAAAAGCUAACGAAUGAAGAAAAACGCACUGCCAGAACAUUAGAGAAGCACAACCCCCCUCAUGCUAGGCUUUCAUUUGCGAAAAUCGGGGUUGCAGCACAAUUCAAAGCUAAACGCCAUAUUUUUGUGAUUUUUCCUUUGUUAGAGAAACUUGUAGGCAAUUUACGAAAAAAAAAAAAUAUAUAUAUAUACCUAAAAUAGUUAUUUAUUUAAAUAACUAAUUGUUUGACGUUUUGGCCUCAGGUAAGCAAUUCUGUCACAAUCAAAUUUUAUCAUUUAAUUCAUAUUUAUUUUCAUUGCCUUGUGAGGAAAAUGAACAGAAAAGCGACAUUACAAACUUGUUUUGUGUAUUUCUAAGGUAAGGUUGUUUGUGUAACGGCUAGCAGAAAUAAUGUGUUCAAAUGAAGCAGCAAACUUUAUUUUCUGACAUUUUAUUGCAUUCUAGACGUGAGAACAUUGGUGCCUGAAUGACAUUUUUUUUUGUAUGCGUGUUUAUUUUCCUCAUAAAGUGUACAUUUUU